ACAUACGCAACUACGUGACAGCAAGUAAAAGGCACGUACAUUGAAAUUUUCUAAGUGGGGAAGGUGAUUCACCAAAAUCUGCAGGGUAUUCGGGAGAGCCAAUUCCGUGGGGGAGCUUCCUCUCUGUUUCUUUUUAGUUUUUCCAGAUAAACCAUGCUGCGAAUGGGGGGAUUUUGUAUGUUUGACAUUAAUAAUAUUCAGAGAAUCGGGUAAUUAAUGGGAGACUUGAAGACUGUACAUUAUUUAUAACAAGAAUAAUAAUUAUAGUUAAGUAUACAGGAGUUGGGAUUUUUUUUUUUCUUACAUUUAUUAUGGUGCAUUGGUUAUGCCCAUUUUUGUUAUUGUAUUUUGGAUGGUUUUCCUGAUUUAAAAAGGAAAAAAAAAAAUUAUAAAGCAAACUUCUUGUUUUUCACGAGCUGUGUUCGUAACUUCGUGAUUGGAUCGGUACAAAGUCUGCUCACUGCUGCUCUCGCACUGUCUGUGACUCUCUCUUUCACUUCUCUGAAGCGUUCCCCACGGCGAAAGAGAGUGAGAGUAAGAGCCAAAGAAAGACAAUAGUGGGUGUUUGUGGCUUAACCAAACAAGCCACUCAUGAAUUCACGCUGAUUUUCAGGGUCUCUCUCUCUGUCUCACUCCCCAGCUCUACCACCCACAGAGCAAGGUCAGAGGAUGUCCAGGCCUCUGCAUAGAGGUGCAUCUGGGCCACGGAUCUCUGCUAGCAGCAAUGAUUUGUGCGACUCUCAAAUGAAAGAUAAAACAGAAAAGGAAGAGCUGGAUAGAAGAGGUUCUGAUCAUAGUUGUUUAUUCCUGAAGUUUCCUUUCCGGUUACUUCUCCCAGAUAAUUAUACUCUCAAAUAUGGUAUGGCGGAGAAUGACUUUGCAUCUGAUUCCUUGGUCAUUGGAACUCAGCGAAGUAGGCACAGAUUGACAAUGCUGCUUUUAAAGUUCAGUCUGAUAUUGAUUGCAAUUCUUGCACUCACUGGAUCCUUUUGGUGGGCGAUUUCUAUCUCUACAACUUCGAGAGGUCACAUAUUCCAUGGCUAUAGGCGACUCCAAGAGCAACUUGUUUUAGACUUGUGGGAUAUCGGGGAGCUUUCUCUGGGUUCCUUAAAGUUGAAAGAGUUGGAAUUCUGUCCUCAGGAGUUUGAAAAUCAUGUUCCUUGCUUCAAUGUUACGGCCAAUCUUGCUUUGAGCCAUUCUGAUAGCAAUGAAUUCGACAGGUUCUGCGGGCAUGAGCCAAGGCAAAAUUGUUUGAUUGUUCCACCACUAAAUUACAAGAUUCCUAUCAGGUGGCCUACUGGAAGAGAUGUCAUAUGGUUUGCAAAUGUCAAAAUUACCGCACAGGAGGUAAUGUCCUCCGGAAGCUUGACCAAGAGGAUGAUGAUGUUGGACGAAGAGCAGAUCUCCUUCCGUUCUGCUUCUUUCAUGUUUGAUGGCAUUGAAGAUUACUCGCAUCAAAUUGCAGAAAUGAUUGGGCUGCGAAAUGAAUCCAACUUCAUUCGUGCUGGGGUUAGAACCAUCCUGGAUAUAGGAUGUGGUUAUGGUAGCUUUGGAGCACAUCUCUUUUCAAAUGAACUCUUAACCAUGUGCAUUGCAAACUAUGAGGUUUUGGGCAGUCAAGUUCAACUCACUCUUGAAAGGGGUCUUCCUGCAAUGAUCGGUUCCUUUAUUUCGAAACAGUUACCAUAUCCAUCUCUCUCUUUUGAUAUGUUGCAUUGCGCACGAUGCGGCAUUGAUUGGGACCAAAAAGAUGGUAUUUACCUGAUUGAAGUUGAUAGAGUAUUAAAACCGGGUGGAUACUUCGUCUGGACAUCACCAGAUACCAAUUUCCAAGGAGUAAUCCGUACUAAAGAGCAUAAAAAAAUGGGGAAGUUCGUUCAUGAUUUUGCAGAAAACCUUUGCUGGGAGAUGUUGUCACAACAAGAAGAAACUAUUGUAUGGAAAAAGACCAGUAAAAGGAAUUGUUAUAGUUCAAGGAAACCUGGUUCGGGCCUUUCUAUAUGCAGCAAAAGCAAUGAUGUCGAGUCUCCAUAUUAUCGACCACUACAAGCUUGCAUAGGUGGAACUCGGAGCCGCCGAUGGAUUCCAAUUGAAGAGAGGACAGCCUGGCCAUCGAGAGCUAACUUGAACAAGAGGGAACUUGCUCUCCAUGGUCUACACCUGGAAGAAUAUGCUGAUGAUACUGAUCACUGGAAAGCAGCAGUCCGUAACUAUUGGUCUCUUCUGUCACCAUUAAUAUUCUCAGAUCAUCCAAAGAGACCUGGUGAUGAGGAUCCCUCAGCACCUUAUAACAUGCUUAGAAAUGUGCUAGACAUGAAUGCUAACUUUGGCGGUUUCAAUUCUGCAUUAUUGGAAGCUAAGAAGUCUGUGUGGGUCAUGAACGUGGUCCCUACAAAUGGACCCAACUAUCUUCCCUUGAUCAUGGAUAGGGGUUUUGUAGGUGUAUUGCACAAUUGGUGUGAAUCUUUUCCAACAUAUCCUAGAACUUAUGACUUGGUCCAUGCAGCAGGACUUCUAUCCCUUGAAAUUGGUCAGCAGCGCAGGUGUACCACACUUGAUCUGUUCUCUGAGCUUGAUAGAUUACUUCGUCCAGAGGGUUGGGCAAUAUUCCGCGACACAGCUGCCCUUAUUGAAUCUGUGAGAGCUCUAACGACAAGGCUAAAGUGGGAAGCGCGGGUUGUAGAAGUGGAAAAUAACAGUGACGAGAGACUUCUUAUUUGCCAGAAACCUUUCUUCAAGAGACAAGCAAACUAAUUACGAGUUUUCAAAGGGUGCCCAAGAAGCGACAUCUUAGUAUCAGUAUUUAUUUUCUGGAUGUUAAUUACUCUCCAUAAAGCUCCUCCCUGAAAGAAGGAUCGAUAAUUUUUUGAACCGAAGAAUCAAGAAAACAGAGAGAUAGAGAGACAGAAAAAGAAUCUUUUGUGGAAUUGACCACAACUACUAUGUAGCCGCAAGGCUUACAUAGGGCCAUGUAAGUAGGCAAUUUAGGCGCAGUGCAAGUCAGAAAGUACAGGAUGGGAUUUAAUUUUCCAAGUGAUGUCACAUUAUAUAUAUAACUAUACAAACACAUGAUUAAGAUUGUGAAGAUAAUUACAGAAUAAUCCACGGCUGUUUGCUGUAGUAUAUAAAAUGCUUGGCAGGGCAUUUUUGGUUCAAA